AUGGCCACCAACAUCACCUGGCACCCAUCCCUCUCCCGCGCCGAGCGCACCACCCUGCGCAAGCAGCCCGGCCUCACGCUCUGGCUGACCGGCCUCUCUGCCUCUGGCAAGUCCACCGUCGCCACGGCCCUCGAGCAGCACCUCCUGCACCUCGGCCUGUCGGCGUACCGCCUGGACGGCGACAACGUGCGCUUCGGCCUCAACAAGGACCUUGGCUUUUCCGAGGCGGACCGCAACGAAAACAUCCGCCGUAUCGCCGAGGUCGCCAAGCUCUUUGCCGACUCGGCCACCAUUGCCAUCACCUCCUUUAUCUCCCCCUACCGCGCCGACAGAGACGCCGCCCGUGCCCUGCACGCCGCCAACCCCCAGGGCGAGGACCAGACCCUGCCCUUCAUCGAGGUCUACGUCGAUGUGCCCCUCGAGGUUGCUGAGCAGCGCGACCCCAAGGGUCUCUACAAGAAGGCGAGAGCCGGUGAGAUCAAGGAGUUUACUGGCAUCUCGGCGCCCUACGAGGCUCCUGAGAACCCGGAGAUCACUAUCAAGACGCACGAGAACUCGGUCGAGGAGUGUGUUGUCCAGAUUGUCAAGUACCUCAACGACAAGGGCUACAUCAAGACUGCGUAA